AUGGGAGCAAAGAGUAGAAAUUCUGCAGUGAAUGUUUUGUGUGAAAAGUUGAAGAAGCUGCCAAUGAAAGUGAAGAUCUUUUUGGGGGUUUUGCUUGCUGUAAUUGCUUUGUUGGUCUUAAAAUCCACCAUUAGAAGACGCUUUUAUUUCUUCUUAGCCUCUCAAGUAAUCCACUCUGCAGGUUUAUCACUUAUUACCCAAGAGCUCACAGCUCUAUUCCUUACAGCAAGAUUAUUAAGUCGCAAGUUUAAUGUACAUAAAGUCCAAUCUGUUAUAGAUUUGGUAUCUCUUUCUUCAACAUUAGUGAUCAUAUGGAUGAUAAGAUUCAAGUUGAAGUCAUCCUAUAUCAAGGAGCUUGACAAUAUGAAGCUAUACUUUGUGGUGGUGCCUUCUGCAAUCCUUGCAACACUAAUCCACCCUUAUAUAAAUGGAUGGAGAAUUACUGGAUUCUUUAUGGCAUUCAGUAUUUAUCUAGAAGCUGUUUCUGUCAUCCCUCAACUUCGUUUUAUGCAGAAUGCAAAGAUGAUUGAAACAUUUACAGGAUAUUACGUAUUUGCUCUUGGUGUUUCAAGAUUCAUGGCACUGGCCCAUUGGAUAGUUCAGAUUUGUGACACGAGAGGGACAUUUUUAUUUCUGGCUGGUAGUGGCUAUUUCUGGUUUUUGGCAGCUUUUGUUGCAGAGAUAGUUCAAUCGUUCAUCUUGGCUGACUUUUGUUACUAUUACACAAAAAGCUUCAUCCAAGGGCAACUUUUGAAGAAAAUGCCUAUUUAA